AGGAAGGUGCCGCUCUCUCCCGCUGCUGGUCGUCUCGCCUCCUCCAUCCCAUCCUGCUUUGCGGCUCAGGGGCAAGAUGGCUGCUGAGAAGCAGAUCCCGGGUGGUGGUAGUGGUGGUGGUGGGAGCGGCGGCGGCGGCGGCGGCGGAGGGAGCGGAGGUGGACGCAGUGCCGGAGGAGACGAGAAUAAAGAAAACGAACGCCCUUCAGCCGGAUCGAAGGCAAACAAAGAGUUCGGGGAUAGCCUGAGUUUGGAGAUUCUGCAGGUUAUUAAGGAGUCGCAGCAGCAGCAUGGCCUACGGCACGGAGACUUCCAGCGGUACAGGGGCUACUGUUCUCGAAGACAAAGGCGCCUCCGGAAAACACUCAACUUUAAGAUGGGGAACAGACACAAAUUCACCGGGAAGAAAGUGACAGAGGAGCUCCUGACUGACAGCAGAUACCUGCUGCUGGUUCUGAUGGAUGCAGAAAGAGCCUGGAGCUACGCCAUGCAGCUCAAACAGGAAGCCAACACCGAGCCCCGAAAACGGUUUCACUUGCUGUCUCGCCUUCGAAAAGCCGUGAAGCACGCCGAGGAACUGGAGCGCUUGUGUGAGAGCAGCCGUGUGGAUGCUAAGACCAAGCUAGAGGCUCAGGCCUAUACAGCUUACCUCUCGGGGAUGCUGCGCUUUGAACACCAGGAGUGGAAAGCUGCCAUUGAGGCUUUCAACAGAUGCAAAACUAUCUAUGAGAAGCUAGCCAGCGCGUUCACAGAGGAGCAGGCUGUGCUGUACAACCAGCGCGUAGAGGAGAUCUCGCCCAACAUCCGCUACUGUGCAUAUAACAUUGGGGACCAGUCAGCCAUCAAUGAACUCAUGCAGAUGAGACUGAGGUCUGGGGGCACAGAGGGGCUCCUUGCUGAAAAACUUGAGGCCUUGAUCACUCAGACUCGAGCCAAGCAGGCAGCGACCAUGAGUGAGGUGGAGUGGAGGGGCAGGACGGUUCCCGUGAAGAUCGACAAAGUGAGGAUCUUCUUACUGGGACUGGCUGACAAUGAAGCCGCCAUUGUGCAGGCUGAAAGUGAAGAAACGAAGGAGCGUCUGUUCGAGUCGAUGCUCAGUGAGUGCCGAGACGCCCUCCAGGCCGUGAGGGAGGAGCUCAAGCCUGAUCAGAAACAGAGAGAUUACACCGUCGAUGGAGAGUCAGGGAAGGUAUCGAAUCUCCAGUACCUGCACAGCUACCUGACCUACAUCAAGCUGUCCACAGCGAUCAGGAGAAAUGAGAACAUGGCUAAAGGGCUGCACAGGGCUCUGCUGCAGCAGCAGCCGGAAGAUGACAGCAAGCGCUCUCCCCGGCCUCAGGACCUCAUCCGGCUCUACGACAUCAUUCUGCAGAAUCUGGUGGAAUUGCUGCAGCUUCCUGGCUUAGAAGAAGACAGAACCUUCCAGAAAGAGAUAGGCCUCAAGACCCUGGUGUUCAAAGCUUACAGGUGUUUCUUCAUCGCUCAGUCCUACGUGCUGGUGAAGAAGUGGAGCGAAGCCCUCGUCCUGUAUGACAGAGUUCUCAAAUAUGCAAGUGAAGUGAGUUCUCAUGGGGGAGCCUUCAAGAACAGCCUGAAGGUUUCUCUGUGUAUCCCUGGCUGUCCUAGAACUCUCCUGUGGACCAGGUUAGCCUUGAACCCACAAGAGAUCUGCCUGCUUCUGCCUCCUGCGUUGUUUUUUAAGUUUAAAAAAAAUAUGGUGAAACCCCAGUGGGACCAGUUACCCCGGCCUGCUGGUGAGUGUGUUCUUUGUUACUGCAGGACCUGCCUGAUGUGCAAGAGCUCAUCACUCAGGUGCGGUCAGAGAAGUGCUCGCUGCAGGCCGCAGCUAUCCUGGAUGCAAAUGAGUCCCAUCAAACUGACACGGCCUCCCAAGUCAAGGACAAUACGCCUCUCGUUGAACGGUUUGAGACCUUUUGCCUGGACCCUUCCCUUGUCACCAAGCAGGCCAGCCUCGUGCACUUCCCCCCCGGAUUCCAGCCCAUCCCCUGCAAGCCUCUGUUCUUUGACCUGGCCCUCAACCACGUGGCCUUCCCACCUCUUGAGGACAAAUUGGAGCAGAAGACCAAGAGCGGCCUCACAGGCUACAUCAAGGGCAUCUUUGGUUUCAGGAGCUAACCAGGCUCUUCCUCAGGGGCAGGGAGGUCCUGACUUGCUCUGCAUUAAAACAGACCCAGCAAGUUCCAUGGCAUUAAAUCCAGUUCUGCAUUGCCUGGGGCAGAGCUCAGUACCCUCGGCCCUGUGACCAUUCAUCUUGUGUGUUUGUGACUUACUUUGGUAGCCUGUCAUCUUCUGGGCCCAGAGUCAGGGUCUCUGUGUCCCCUGUGCCUCCUGGGGACUGCUGCUGUCCUGCCCUUGUAAGCCAUGGCUGGUCACUUUUGGUCAGUACGUGUUCGGGGUCCACACCAGGCCUGGGGGGCUUGGCAGUGUUUGUCAUGUGUCCUCAGUCCCAGGGAUUUGAAACGACUCCUUGCUGUGAGCGUCCAGAGUCUCCUGAACUUUGUCAGUGACUGAAACAUGAGCAGUGUCACCCAGAGCUGUGGUCAGCCUUACCCCUUCUCCGAGAACAAGCAGAGUGCUCUAUUUUUAACUAUGUUACACUCGUAAAUGACGAAACCAAAUCUUCUAUUAAAAGGCAAAGAUGAUGGA